CAAGAGAACCUCUUCUUCUUCUGGUUGUUCUUCUCUUCUCUUUAGGAACCACAUCUCUCGGAUUCCUCAGAUUUGUCUAAAAUUUCCUCCAAAUUUAGCAGCCAAAAUCAUCUCUAUAUCUUCUUCUAAAUCUACCAAAUCAGGUAUAUCUGGAACUCAAUCUAGAUUCGAGGGUUUUAGUGAUGAUUUUUGCGAAUGAAUGCAUAUAGAAGUUAUUGACCCUGAUUCUAGGUUUGUAGUUAGUGAUGAUGUCUGCCAAUGACCCUUUGGAAUCCCUCUUUAAUUCACUUCAAGUUGUCAAGGAUACAUUUUCGCCGCUUGAAUCUGGUAUCCGGAAAGCUGCGAAAGAUUUUGAGCACUGUUGGUCAGGUUCUAAGAAUGGGGCCAGGAAUCUUGAACUUUUUACCACACAAUUGAAUGGCAGUGGUAGAAAGUAUAGUAAUAAGGUGCAGACUUGUUCUUUGAAGAAAAAAGGUAAUCUGUGUGUGGUUAAUGAUGAGAGAACGAAGGGUUUGUCAAUUAAGGUUCCAAUUAAGAACUUCUUGGGAUUUUUCUCGCAAAAUUGUGGGAAUAAUGGACAUAAGGUUGACACAUCAAAGAAGGGUUUGAAAGAAAGGGAUGUUGGCUGUGAGGAUGCAACUUGCAUGAACUGCAUACAGUUUGCUGUGACCUGGUCGGUGUUGCUUAAUGGAUUCGUUCAGGCUUUUCCGAGUCCAUUUAAAACCAGUAAAAAGCGGUUUCAGAAAGCAGGUAUUGAAGACAAAGUUUGUAUGAAUUCAAAUGCAUCCAAACCGAAGAUUUCACGUGAAAUAAAGCAAAAGAAAUCGAGGGGUCUUCUCGUCACUCCAUUUCAAAAUGAGGGUGGAAAGCAGGAACAAGGGAAAAAUAUGUCAAUUGAAUGCUUUAUAGGUUUUGUUUUUGAUCAAAUAGUUCAAAAUUUUCAGAAGCUUGAUUUUGGUGUCCAAGAAAGGGAAUGCAAGAGUUGUCAUCCAUCUCCUCCUCCUCCUACCCAUCAGUUCGAUCAUUUGAAGGCAGUUAGUAGUAUUUGGGAAGGUAAAAACAUGGAUGUGAAUAUCUUUCUGGGAAAUUUGAGUUUUGCAAGAGUGGGAGGCGUGCCGCCAAGUAUUGUGGGAGUAGCUUCUUCUGUUAAAGAAGAGGCCCCAGAGGGUGAUGAUAGUGUUGCUGCCGGCGACAGAGAAGAAGCUGUUGUUAAUUCUCCUCCUAAGAAGCUGGCCAAUGGGUUAUUUAGUAUUCCAUUAUCAAAUGUCGAGCGUUUGAGAUCCACAUUGUCAACUGUUUCAUUGACAGAACUAAUUGAACUUGUAGCUCAAUUAGGGCGAUCUACCAAAGACUACCCUGACAAGAAGAAGCUGUUCUCUGUUCAGGAUUUUUUCAGAUACACCGAGUCUGAAGGAAGAAGGUUUUUUGAGGAGCUGGAUAGAGAUGGUGACGGACAAGUUAAUUUGGAAGAUCUUGAAGUCGCUAUGAGAAAUAGAAAAUUGCCUCGGAGAUAUGCUCGUGAAUUUAUGAGCCGUACUAGAAGUCACUUGUUUUCAAAAUCAUUUGGUUGGAAACAGUUCUUGUCUUUGAUGGAACAAAAGGAACCAACCAUUCUUCGAGCUUAUACUACUCUCUGUUUGAGCAAGUCUGGGACACUGCAGAAGAGUGAAAUCUUGGCGUCAUUAAAAAAUGCAGGACUUCCAGCAAAUGAGGACAAUGCUGUUGCCAUGAUGCGGUUUCUGAAUGUAGACACAGAAGAAUCUAUAUCUUAUGGACAUUUCCGGAAUUUUAUGCUUCUGCUCCCAUCUGAUCGACUUCAAGAAGACCCUCGGAGUAUCUGGUUUGAAGCUGCUACCGUUGUUGCUGUUGCACCGCCUGUGGAGAUACCCACUGGAAGUGUUCUGAAAUCUGCAUUGGCAGGGGGUCUUUCAAGUGCACUGUCAACUUCGUUAAUGUACCCCAUUGAUACAAUAAAGACUCGAGUACAAGCAUCAACACUUACCUUUCCAGAAAUCGUGUCAAAGCUUCCACAAAUUGGAGCCCGUGGAUUGUAUAGAGGCUCCAUCCCAGCAAUUCUUGGACAAUUUUCAAGCCAUGGCUUGCGAACUGGAAUUUUUGAAGCAAGUAAGCUUGUGUUGAUAAAUGUUGCUCCAACACUUCCAGAUAUACAGGUGCAAUCUAUAGCAUCAUUCUGCAGCACUUUCCUGGGAACAGCAGUGCGGAUACCGUGUGAGGUAUUAAAGCAACGGUUGCAAGCGGGCCUUUUUGAUAAUGCAGGAGAGGCAAUACUUGGUACUUGGCAUCAAGAUGGUCUUAAGGGUUUUUUCCGCGGGACCGGUGCCACUCUUUGCCGAGAGGUUCCUUUCUAUGUUGCGGGCAUGGGGGUCUAUGCGGAAUCUAAAAAGGGUUUCCAGCAUCUUUUGAGGCGUGAUUUGGAACCCUGGGAAACAAUUGCGGUUGGGGCUUUAUCUGGUGGACUAGCUGCUGUAGUAACAACACCCUUUGAUGUGAUGAAAACUAGAAUGAUGACUGCCCGGGGCCGUUCUUUGCCCAUGUCAAUCGUAGCCUUCUCUAUUCUCCGUCAUGAGGGACCCCUUGGAUUAUUCAAAGGAGCCAUACCGAGGUUCUUCUGGAUUGCUCCACUGGGUGCCAUGAAUUUUGCCGGGUAUGAGCUUGCAAGGAAAGCUAUGGUCAAAAAUGAAGAGCAAACUGGUGAACAGCUUUCUCAGAAAAAGUAAGCCAGUUUUGGUAAAAACAAUAGCACCAUGAAAAGCCUAUGAAUUCUCGUUUUGUAAUUAUAGCAUGAAGCCAGUUUUGGUAAACGUCUUUAUAAUGUCAAAGACAAUAGCACCAUGAAAAAGCCUCUGAAUUCUCGUUUUGUAAUUAUAGCAUGUGAAUGCUGCUGGAAAUUUUUAAGCUUUUCCAAAUUGGCAGUAUCAUGUGCUUGAAACUUCACCUGUCGUUCGUUUUAGUUAAUUCUGUUAAAGACAACGUAAUCUCUCUUUAUAGUUUCUUUACUCGUUCCAAA